ACCAAGUGCUGGCUUGCGAGUUACUCGGUUAGUGGGCGCUUUUCUCCUUCUUCUCCGCCCCUAAGCCCCCAUUAUCUAGCACACCACAACUCAAUCAUCGGGGGACCGAACUGGAUUUCUCUUCAAAUGCUUCUUUUUUGAUCGCAGUCAAUAGCAAUUCACGACUGUUGCUCUUGUUUUACUGUUUUUGCCAUGGAUGAUUGCGCCAAAAACAAUGAUUCUUGGAAUUGGGAAGGAGAUGGGUAUACCAUUCAGAAGGAUGCUGAUUUAGAGAUAUCAGAAUUCCUGUGGGACGGGGUAUCCGAAAAUGGAAAUCUUUCGUACGUGUUUGAUGAAACAACUCCUGUUAAAGCUUGUGGGGACUUGGCAUUCAAUGUUUCAUAUAGUGAUGACAGGAACAAGAAAUCAGAAGAGUCCAGGGAGACUCAAUCACAGGCAAAGAGACGUCGGAUGUUACAGUUUACUGCACAAGAUAUGGAAACUUCCCUAUGCAAUGAAGAUUUAUCUUCUAGAUUUCUAAAAGCACAUAAGAAGGAUGUUUCCAGUCCAGCUGCUCUCCCGGAAGCUUCAUACGGGAUUCCCGAGUGUUCUCAACUCUCAGAUAAUGUGUCCACUUUCUGUCAUGAGAAUUUGGAUCACUCACCUGAAGGUUGGAUUGCUGAAUGCUUAACUGAUGCUGAUAUGCUUUGCAGCCCUGAGGAUUUGAACUUUGUUGGGACUCCGGACAUUCAAAUUGAUGUAUCAGAGUUUUGUGACGUUAUACCUGAGUUCAAAUCUAAUGCUGUUCAACAUCAUCCUACUCGAACUCCUCGGAACAUAAUCUUUAAAGGUCGAAAGUCAUACAUUAGAACUCCCACUAAACUGGCUUCUUCAAUUGCCUACCCAUUUGCCUUCAUCAAGCCCUGUGGAUUCCAUGGCGACGUUACCUUGAAAGACAUAAACCAGCGGAUCCGCACACCUCCACCGUCAAAAUCGAAGCAUCAUCCGGAAGACCCCUCUCUAUCUUACCCAACUUCAGCAUUCUCUGGAAAGCCCGUGGUAGGUAAAACCAAGAUUCAUACCGAAGGCGGUAAGGGAAGCAUCACAAUCAUGAGGACCAGAGGUUGAACAAACCGAAAACGAUUUCCGCUAUCCAGACUUUCCUUUUAACUGCCCGUCGGUCCAUCCUCGAGGGAUUUGUAAAAUGUCAGGGCGAUCAAGUAAGUAGUACAGAAGGUGAUUAACUUCCAUUUUUGGUCGGGAUAGAUAGAUAGAUAAAUAGAAAGAAAAGAGACAAAGAGAGAGAUAUGUAGGAGUAUUAGAGUUGCUCUUGGAAUCCCUAAUCAUAUGUUCGAGUUUGUCGACAUAUGUUUACGCUUCCAAGUGAACUCUUGUAGGUCGUUCGAGUUCAAGCUCGACACCGAUAUGAUUAUGCGUCGUUUCUAGAUUUGAAAACGCUUCUUAUCAUUAUGUUUAUUAUCAAUCGUUCCAUUCCUUAUGCAUUGUGAAACUGUUCUGUAAUGCUUUUGCUGGAAAGCUUAAAAGAUUUGGAUCUCU